AUGGUUGUUAUCAAAAACACUUUUACAGACAAUAUUUUGUUAUUUGGAUCAUCUGGUUUGGCAGGAGAAGGUAUUUUAGAGAAUCUGUUGGACAUUAACUUUUACAUUAAGAAUGUGUCUGAUUUACAAGAUAAGCUUGAUAGUUUAACAGAAAUAAAAGAAAAUGUUGUGCUAGAUAAACAUAUUUUUUGUAUUAAUAGAAAAAGCGUCACUGAGAAAAAAUCAUUUAUAAAGACCAUCGAUUAUGUGAACAUGAAAUCAAUUAUUUGGAAAGGUGGAAGAUACUAUUUGAGAACUAGAAGAGAGGACGAAACAAAAAGAGAAACGUGUAACUCUAAUACAUUUUGUUACGAUGAUUUCGAAGAGGGAAUCUUUAGAAAUUCCAGGGACAAAGAAGAAAAGGGCACAUUUUCCUUUGCCUAUAAUCGGAAACAGUUUGGUUAUGCUUUACAUUAUGCUUGUGGAAAAGAUGAAAGUUUUAAAAUCAAGUACAGUUUUACCGUAACGCAAUUGGUUAUUCCUCAAUCUGAAAGUUGGCCAAGACUACUUCCACAAAUUUUCUCAGGAACGCAGAUGUUGGAAAGGUUCGAUGUUUACAACAAAUAUUAUGUAUCCGACAGAAGCUUACCUUCCUUGGAUGAUAUCGGCACCAUGGUGAGUGCUUUGGGCUCUACUACAGCUAGAGUGCGGAAAAGCCAGGUGCCAAGUUCCUUUGUGGAUUACCAUUUGUCUUUCAAUUUAGCACAAGAGUUUGUAAAUACGACAGAUAAGAAACUGAUCGUUAUAACUUCCUUCAAUAAUGAUUUUCUUAGCAGAACAUUGGAAUAUUUUCGAAUUAAAGCGAAAUUAGAGAACGAUUUAGAAGAGGCUUUGCCAAAUAAACUAAAGGAGCUUAUAAUUUUGCGGCCAGGUCCAAUGUGUGGGCAACAUGGGAAUCCUGUACACGUUCAAAUGGAUAUACAAGAGUGUCCAACUUUUUCAGAAAGGCUUUUCUAUUAUCCUCGCUAUAUUCUGAAGUAUAAGCAGCAAUGCAUUUCUGAAGCAAGAAAAGUUGGUUUACGAACAAGGCUAAGCGAAGUAAUUGCUUCGGGUAUUUAUAGAAUGCCAGGAUCUGCAUUAUUAGGAUAUUCCGUUCCAGUCUCAAAAGUUUCGUAUGUUACAGCUUUGAUGGCAAUUGGGAAAAAAAGCAAGGAAGCAGGGCCUAAGGUGGAAGUUAUUAAUAGUUAUCAGAUUGAUAUGAUUGCUUAA